AAACUAAUUAAUCAUACUUUAUAAACUAUUAAUUAGUGCUUAAUUACGUUAUUAAUCAUUAUCAUCAUACCCACUAUAUCUUGCUCAUAGAAUCUAUAUAUUAGCGCUUAAUUAAGUACGUGUUAGUAUUUAAUUUGAUGAUGAUGAGGCCUUCUUGUAACGGUGAAUCUCCCAUAAGUUUGGGUAGAGUGAUGAUGAGAUACUUAUUGGGAGCGAUUCUUUUGAUUGAAAUGGUAGCAAGUGGUUUUAGAUUGAGAGCAGAUGCAUUGUCUAUGAAUUAUUAUAUCAUGACAUGUCCGAUGAUUGAAGGCAUUGUAAGGAAUGCAGUUUCUAGGGCUCUUCAGGAUGAUCCUACCUUGGCUGGCCCUCUUUUAAGAUUGCAUUUCCAUGAUUGUUGGAUACAGGGUUGUGAUGCAUCGAUACUUUUAGACUCAACAAAAGAUAACACUGCGGAGAAAGAUUCUCCAGGAAAUUUAAGCUUAAGAGGGUAUGAUCUCAUAGAUGAAAUUAAGGACGAGCUUGAGGAUCAAUGUCCAGGAGUUGUAUCUUGUGCUGAUAUAAUAGCUAUGGCCGCAAGAGAUGCAGUUUUCCUUAGUGGUGGUCCAAUAUACGACAUACCAAAAGGAAGGAAGGAUGGAAGGAGAUCAAAAAUCGAAGAUACAAUAAACCUACCUUUUCCCACAUUCAACAGCUCUGAACUCAUUAGAGUUUUCGGACAGCGUGGCUUUACUGCUCAAGAGAUGGUCGCUUUGUCAGGAGCCCACACAUUGGGAGUAGCAAGGUGUUCAUCCUUCAAGAACAGGCUAAGUAAAUUUGAUGCAACACAUGAUGUAGACCCAUCCUUAGAUUCUGAUUUCGCGCAGACACUUUCCAAGACAUGUAGUGCAGGAGACAAAGCCGAACAACCAUUUGACAACACAAGGAACGAUUUUGAUAACGAUUACUUUCAAGCAUUGCAAAACAAAGUGGGCUUACUCACUUCUGAUCAAACAUUAUAUGAUACUCCAAGAACUCGAGGAAUUGUCAAUGCUUAUGCCAUGAAUCAAGCUAUGUUUUUCCUUGAUUUCCAACGUGCUAUGGUUAAGAUGAGCUUGCUUGAUGUUAAAGAAGGUUCUAGAGGAGAAGUUCGUAAAAAUUGUAGAACAAUUAACUAAUAAUGGCUACUUGUAUGUACUAUAAAUAAUUGAUAGGUUUUAAAUGCCUAUGGUGUAAGCUACUAUACAUUGUUAGUUUGAACGAGACUUAUAA